AUGCUGCUCGCACCAUCCUUCCUGCUACUGCUGCCCUUGCUGGCCAUGCCAGCCCCCUCCCUCACCUGGACACGGCCCCUCUGGUACCAGGUGGGGCUGGACCUGCACCCUUGGGGGUGCCAGCCAAACACCCUGGAUGGUUGUGGGAGCAGCCUGGGCUGUCCUGGCCACUGGAUGGGCAUGGGGAUGAACCGCAUCUACCCUGUGGCCGGGGUCACAAUCACCACUACCAUGAUGCUGAUGAUCAGCCGGGCCGUGCUGCAGCGGCGGCGCUCCCAGGCUGCUAAGCUCGAGCAUCCUCAGGUGACUACUAACCCCUCUGGACCCUGGAAGCGGCGGGCCCCAAUCUCAGACCGUGCCCUGCUCCGUGGGGUCCUGCACAUGUUAGAUGCCCUCCUGCUCCAUAUUGAGGGCCACCUGCAGCGUAUAUCCAACCAACAGAAGACCCAAAUAAAGGAGUGUCCCACCCAGACUGGGUGA